CGACCAUCUGAUUUCAGGCUUAGGCUCACUCUACCGUAAAGUAACGAGGACCCACACAGAAGGUUAAAGUGACUUCAACGAAAUACGGUAAAUAAUGACAUUUAUACCAUAUUUACAUACCUUUUGACAAUACAGUAGUUUAACAAUUAAACCCUAACAUAUUUUUGCACAACAAUGUGGAGAAAGUUUAGCGAGUCACCACACAGCGCGAGUGGCCUGUUAGUCAGUUAACAGUAGUUAGCUAACAGUCAGUUGGUCCGUUUAUCAAUACAGUUACGCUAGCUAGCUAGCUAAACAGUUAGCUAGACAGUGAAGUCGAGUGCAAUACAAAGCACCCCAUGGCUGCUAAAUAUAGCUAGCUACCAAUAGCUAGAACUAACGUUAAUAAUACUAGCUAGAUAAUGGGCUUGUAUGAAUGUCUAAUUGCAACGUUGCGUUGGCUAGUUAGCUAACUAGCUAGGGUUGGCAAGCUGUAACGUUAACUAGCAUAGACAUUUCAGAGUAGCUAACGUUACUAGCUAGCUUGCCCAUUCAUGUACUGUAAUGCUAGCGCCUAUGGCUGGUUAUGGCCCCUUUUCGAGAGCUAGUAGCUAGGUAAUUUUACUGAACAUGUUAUUGAACCUGAAUUCAUAUUGAUGCCACUAGUUGUAUGAAUAAUAAUGUACAGCUAGAGGGCUCUCCAUACCAAUGAAAAAUGUCAGAGAUUUCAUCAACCUCUAAGACAUUGGGUGUAUCAGUAUUCAUUAGACGAAGACCGUAGCAAACAGUUGAAAAACGUUUUGCAACGGAAACGGUUUACUCCAAACAGUUUUGCAACUAAAAUGAGUUUUUAUAUUGGACAAAUUCUAGUGCGUUCACUCACUACAAUGAAUGUAGAGAAAAACUGGGAAAUUCAAGAGGGUGCUACGAAAUGAAUGUCACAACGUCGUUUUCUUUGCCCUAUGUCAUUAUAAAGUACAUAUAAUUCAUCAUUAGAUUGUUCUCUACAAUAUUAUAAUCUUAAUAUACUUCUACUUGACAGGGUUGAGGAAAGAAGAACGUUAAUUUGCUGCGACCGUUGCUAGUUUAGACUGCGCCGCUCUUGGUUGUGUCUCUUCCAUAUUUAGUGUUGUGAAGUGGUACCAUUUGGAGGUGUUUCCGCUGGUUGGACCAAACAAAAUCAACUUGAUACCUUAGUUAUUUUCACGUCCAGAUCCUUGUCUUUCAUUGCCUAUAACCGGGAUCAAUCUACGUUGAGGGGCCGUUUCUAUGGCAAUUUAAAGGGAAAGAGUCAGAAAUACACAAUGAUAACAGGAACAGAUUGUCUUCGCGGAGGGUGGAUAUUGAAAUUCAGUAUUUUAGCUCUGUAAAUAAAUAUGUUUUGUAAAUAAAUAUUUUUAAUCCCUAUUUAGUUUUGUAUUGAGGCGGAUGUAAUUUAGAAAAAGCCCAUGUUUUCAUUCACGAACCUGCAGCCACUAGUUAGCUUGUCAGUUGACGUUCGAAGUUAGCCCAGUUCUGCCGCGGAGCACCGACACAGAGUUAUAUUGAGCAGUGACCACUUUUUGAUCGUGCCUGUGAUGACAUACCAUUCACUCUAAACAUGCUAAAUUCUCAGAGUAAAUAGUCGGUUAACUUUUGAACCAUAUAUGGUAGAGCCCUGGGGUUUGGACUGUUGUUUUUCUGACAGAAUGGACAUAUUUGUAUAAACCUUGAAUAAAUUAAUAAUUGUAUGGGUGAACACCCUACACAUUUAGGUAUGUCCCUCCCCGUUUUAUUCUGUUUGCUUCUGCUUGGUUCCUAACGUUAUUAUGGCCACAAUGACUCUAGGGAAAACACUUGCAUUGCCCAAACCAUGAUGCCACAGAAAGACCCCUUUCUAAUCAGAAACCUUCAGCAUCACUCUUGCUCUUCUCUCUUCCCCCCUCCUGCAGCAUCAUGCCGUUCAUCGACCUCCAGGGGAAGUUGGGCAUCAACAUGGACAAAUGGAUGUUGAUCCAGGGUGGAGAGCAGCCAUACAAACGGGCGCCCCGCUGUCAUGCCUUUGAGAAGGAGUGGAUCGAGUGUGCGGAUGGCAUUGGUCAGACCCGUGCCAAGAAGGAGUGCAAGCUUGAGUUUGAGGACUUCUAUGAGUGCAUGCACAGAGAGAAAACGGUGAGUGUAGGAUAUCUGAGCUGAAGAUUGUGUGAACUGUGAAGAUUGAUUGUGUGUGUGUGUGAUUUUCAUGUCCUUUCCCCAUAAACACUUGUGAUUUCAUCAACCAAGACCUGUUGAAGAGUUGUCAAUUGAUAUCCAUGUCUUUGAUAAAAUAACUGCUUGUCAUCCUACAUGGGUGUCCAUCCUAGGGAUGUGACAAAUGGAAAAUGUUAUUGAUGUUUAAACGUACAUUCUUUAUCGGUUUUCCAUUAAAACGAUAAAUGCAUAAAAUGUCAUGUGAAUUCACAAUGCAGCUGCGCUGCUGUCAGCAACUGUAUGGGUCUCAUGGUGCGUUCCUUUCAGAUGGUUAAGCAUUGCACCUGUACUACCGUUACUGUACUUCAAUUCCACCUUGCAAAGUUUGCAUUUCCUUCUCAUUUAACUUGUCAAAGUAUUGCCAUACGGGACUUUGAUGCUGUCGCUUGCCUUUCUCUGCCAUUUUUCCAACUGUUAACGACGAUGACGUAGUGGUGGAGAGUCGGCUCCAAAAUAAUUGAUUCCUCGACUCCUUGCAGUGUCAAUAUUCGUAGCGGAAUCGGCUCCUAAGAUUCAGUAUUUUUGGAGGAGACUGAUUAGUUGCCGUACUUCCGAGAACACAAAUACUUGCAUAGUGCUGAUUCCAUUUAGUCGACUGGUCGAUUGUUUGGUCGAUAGGCUGUUGGUCGACCGAGAUUUCUUUAGUGGAGCAGUAGCAAAAACAAUAAUAAAAAAAUAUCAUGGUGUACAAAACACCUGUCUGAUUCGGGCCUGUCUGAGUGGACUAAUCCAUUGUGGAGGCCGUGGGGAUGGCACAGUCCAUCACUCUAAGGCAUGUGCGACUGAAGUUGUAUAUGGUUAAGGACAAUGGUGCAACACUAAUACAUUUGAUAGUGGUUGCUGUCCGCGGUUCUGAAACAUCAAUGCGCUGUUGAAUUCGCACCUUUUCCUAGACCAUGUUGCUAUGUGCGUAAUAGCAAAGUUAACCAGCAUAUUGGUGUUGAGAACAAUGCGGUGGCGGCAGCAGCAGAGUUAGGAGACGAGAAAACAGCCCUUGCUUUAAUUGUAAAAAUAAAAACGUUACAACAGAGUCUCUGGUACGCUUUUAAUUUAUUUAGUGUUGUUUACGUUGUUCCAAACGGUCAGAAAUGUUUUAUUGUAAUCUAUACAGCACCAGUUUGGCACACAUAGUAUGCAUGCAGCGCUUGCUCCUUAUCUUAUUUUUCUUGAUCUCCAGUAUUUUCCACAACUAGUCAAAUUUAUCACAAUUCUUGGCUUGCAAUGUCUCGCAACUUCAGUAAAGCAGGGCAUAUCAUCAAUGAAUAGGCUAGCUAGGAUAUUGAGAUGAGCGAGAUCCAACACUUCACUUUCACAUACAGUCACAUAAAGUAUCUGCUCAUGUGCACGGGUUUGCUUCACGCUGUUCACAGCGUGGUAGACAGGGCACCAAAACAGUGGAGAAGUUGAGCUUCGCGCUUCAACGCUCUUAUUGUUGCGGAAAUUGACCAACUAUGCUGUUUACUUUCUGCAUCGACGUAAAAAACCCAUAGUUUUUUGGUUAGGGAUUUUUCUUAACGUUAAGGAUCCCAAUUUCGUUGAAACAUUUUACAGUUUAAACGUUCACACCCCUAGUCCAUCCUAUCCAGCUCUACCUGUUGUUUUUUCAUUGACUUCAUUGAUAGUUGGAGGAGGAGGAAGCUUUGGUGUUGAUUACCAAAUUAUGAGCGUCAAGACUAUAGGAAAUGCUUUUGUUUUGACUGUUUUUGUUGUUAAAAAUACAUUGAGUUGAUUAGUGAAGAUAAUUGUUGUUUUGAUCAGCAAUGAGCUAAAAAAACACACCAAUACCUCUAAGAAGUUCUGAGCUUGCACCCCCAAAAAAGCUUGACCGCCUCUCUCACAACUGUCUGACGUGGAUCGCUCUCUCUGUCUCUGUCUGUAGCACAAGAGGCUGUAUGAGAUCCGUAAGCAGCGGGACAAGAUGGUGAAGGAGGGCACCUACCAGACCCCAGCUCACCACACCGGUGCUCAGGCUGAUGACAGGCCUUGACCCCAUUUGACCUUGUUGACCACAAGGUGUGUCCCCAACUUGUGUAUAAAAAUUGUUAUUCAGAUAUCACUUUAUUGUUCAUGUCUAAACCUUUACAAGUUUGCAAAUAAAUAUUAUUGACCAUGAACCUUGUAUA